AUGUCUCAUAUAGUAUCAAUUCGUAGUGCUUCUUUACGUGCACUACGGUCGGGUACAAAGUGUACAUCUUAUCCCCAUCAUCAUCAUAAUAAUAAUUCAAUAUCAAAUGUACUAUCAACAAGUUCAACAUCGACACGAUUAUUGUCAACAUCAGUCAAAAAAGCAGUAUCCGAACAAACGUUGGCUUCUGAAACUAAUCCUCAAUAUGCCAAGCAUAAACAUAUUUAUUUUUUAGAUAAUUCAGUAAGUGUUACGACACCAGCAUUCCCAGAAAGCGUCAAAGACGGUACGAUUAGGUUAUUAAAGAAAGUUGGUGAUAAAGUUCAAGUAGAUGAAACAAUCGCUGAAAUUGAAACAGACAAAACAAAUUUACAGGUGAAUGCUCCUCAAAGCGGAACAAUUGAAGCUGUUCUCGUCGAAGAUGGAUCAAACGUGACCGCAGGUGCUGAGUUGUUUAAAAUUUCGGAAGGGGGAGGAGAUAAAGGAGAAGCAAAACCAUCUUCAUCAGCAACACCAAAAGAAUCAAAGAAAGACGAAAAGCCACCAUCGAUAAGAAAGACGGAACAUCAAGAAGAUGAGCCAUCUAAACCACAACAGUCUUCAAAAAAACAAGCUGAUGAUGAUGCAGGAUCAGGCAAGAUGCCAAGUAUACCUCCAGUACCCAAAACACCUAUACGCGAGACACCAACAUCACAAAUACCUGUCACACCAUUAAAACCAUCACAACAACAAUCUCAGUCAAGUAGUGGCGCAGAUCCAAAUAAAAUUACCGGAACGAGAACUGAAACACGUGUGAAAAUGUCUCGUAUGCGCUUGAAAAUAGCUGAACGACUUAAAGAAGCACAAAAUACGUGUGCUAUGUUGACAACAUUCAACGAAAUUGAUAUGAGCAAUGUAGUAGAUUUACGAAAAAAAUUUGCAGACAAUUUCAUUAAACGUCACAAUCUUAAAUUAGGUUUUAUGUCUGCUUUUGUUAAAGCAUCUGCUUGCGCCUUACAAGAUCAACCUGUGGCUAAUGCAGUGGUGGAUGGUAAUGAAAUUGUGUAUCGUGAUUAUGUUGAUAUUAGUGUGGCUGUUGCAACACCAAAAGGAUUAGUUGUGCCCGUAUUACGGAACGUUGAAAAAAUGAGUUAUGCUGAUAUUGAACGAUCUAUAAACGACUUUGGUGAAAAAGCGAAGAAAGGUUCAUUAUCAAUUGAAGAUAUGGAUGGUGGAACAUUUACUAUCAGUAAUGGUGGUGUAUUUGGUUCACUGUUUGGUACGCCUAUCAUCAAUCCACCACAAUCAGCCAUAUUAGGAAUGCAUGGAAUAUUUGAUCGACCAGUUGCCAUCAAUGGAAAGAUUGAAAUUCGACCAAUGAUGUACGUUGCAUUAACCUAUGAUCAUCGUUUAUUAGACGGACGUGAUGCUGUCCUAUUUCUUCGUAAAAUAAAACAAAAUGUUGAAGAUCCUCGCGCAAUUUUUCUAGAUAUUUAG